AUGCCGAACUCGCUCGAUAUCCAGCUUCAAAACCAAACCAAUUCAAGUGAGGUCUAUGCGUAUAUCACUGGCAUUGGCCUGCAACACAAUGGCCAGCGAGUGUUGCUGAAGGCAGAUGGGAAGGGCUUGUAUUUUCCACAGAACCCUCCGGCUAUCGGCUCGCCCCUGACGGAGGACUGCGCCAUUCCUCUCGGUCAGCCAGGGAACACUGUGACUGUCCACAUUCCGCAGAUGGCAGGCGGACGUAUAUGGUUCAGCUGUGAUGGUAAGCUGACGUUCUUGUUGAACCCUGGUCCAGCACUGGUCGAGCCCUCGGUGCUCAAUCCGACGGAUCCGAACGCCAAUGUGAACUUCGGGUUUGCAGAGUUCACGCUCAACAGUGACCAACUCUUUGCCAAUAUCAGCUAUGUCGACUUUGUCUCCCGGCUGCCCAUUGCCCUUACUCUGCAGACUGCGGGCGGUGCAGUUCAGCAUGUGUCCGGGAUGACUGCCGAUGGACUUGACAGGAUAUGCGACGGUCUUCGAGCUCAGGCGCAGAAGGAUAGCAGGCCGUGGGAUAAGUUGAUUGUUCAGAGAGAUGGACAGCCUCCUUUGCGUGCAUUGAACCCAACACAUGGAAAUGCGGUCGGGGCCACUUUCGAUGGCUAUUUCGAGCCUCUCAUAGAGGAAGUUUGGAAGAAGUAUCACUCAAGCCAUGGGCGAUGUCAGAUGAAGAUCAACACUCAAGCCGGCCCAGGAGUUGUUCCCGGCUCAGUCAACCACAAGGACGAGUUGGUCAUUGCCGACGAGCCCUUUCAGAAGCCGACGAGUGCCGACGUCUUCGGAUGCAACAGUGGCCCAUUCACAACCGGUCCAUCGCCGACGCGCAAUGCCAUCAUUCCGCGCUUGGCAGCUGCCUUCCAACGAUCCGCCAUCGUGGACGUCGAGGACCACCCGUCAGAUCCAUCAACCUUCUACAAACGAGAUCCUACGAACCACUAUUGCAGAAUCGUGCACGAGAAUAACCUGGAUGGCAAGGGUUAUGCCUUCGCAUAUGACGAUGUGCAGCCUGACGGAGGAGCGGACCAGUCUGGGAAGGUCAAUGCUGGAGAUCCAAAGGUGUUCAUCGUUGCCGUAGGCGGCAACAAUGCAUAUGCCGGAGAUCAAAUGCCUCCAGCAUCCGGAGCUGCCCCAUAUCAGCCGCCGCCCGCUCCGGCUUCUGCCCCUCUACACUCUCAGACCCCAGCAGGUCAAAGGCAGCCUUCAGAAUCGAAAAUGAAGAAGUUUGGGAGCAUGGCGCAGAAAUGGUUGAACAGAUGA